GUGGCUGUAAAGUCACACCGGAAGUCUCACCGCACAGCGACGAAGAAGCAGCCCAUGACGUCAUCAAACUGCGCCACGGAAAGCGCUAGAAACACGCGUGUAGUAAAAUGUUGCUCUAAGAGUGGAUUAUGAGUGAAUAACAGACGUAACGACACGGGGAAGUUUUUUAUUUGUAUUGGAAAAAUGGCAUUGUUUCAGAUAAAAAGGUAUCUUGGAGAUGAUGAGGACGGGAUUACUUCAGAUGAGGACGGGAUUAAUUCCAAGGAGGCCCGCUCCCAGAAGUUACUCGCCAAACUGAAUCAGAAGGCGAAAAAGAAGCAGAAGUGUUUACCAGACCAGACACCGCAGCUUUCUGACAAAAAUGAAGGGAGUGUUGAUCGUCCAGAGACUAAAAAGGCUGAUGACAGCAGACAAGAAACCCUCAGACCUAAAAAACGGAAAUCAGACGCUGUAAUAAGUAAUUCAGAACAUGAGGGUAAAAAGAAAAAAAAGAAGAAGAUAAAAGAUGGAAAUGAAAAGCAGAAUUUUCCAUCAGGAAGUGCAGUUAAUAGCCCUUCAGAUGGAAAUGAAAAGCAGAAUUUUCCGUCGGGAAGAGCAGUUAUUAGCCCUUCAAAGGGAAAUGAAAAGCAGAAUUGUCCGUCAGGAAGUGCAGUUAAUAGCCCUUCAGAUAAAAAUGAAAAGCAGAAUUAUAAGUCAGGAAGAGCAGUUAAAAGCCCUUCAGAUGCUCCUGUCACUGUAAAAGAGACGAAAGAUGAAAAGACAGAAUAUCAAAUCCAAAAAGCGGACAAAAAGAAGACUUCUGUUCCAUCUGGAAAUGAAAAGCACAAUUGUCCGUCAGGAAGAGCAGUUAAAAGCUCUUCAGAUGCUCCUGUCACUGGAAAAGAGGCAAAAGAUGAAAGGACCGAAUACCAAAUCCAAAAAGAGGACAAAAAGAAGACUUCUGUUCCAUCUGGAAAUGAAAAGCAGAAUUGUCCGUCAAGAAGAGCAGACAAAAGCCCUUCAGAUGUCACUGUAAAAGAGACAAAAGAUAAGAGGACAGAAUAUCAAAUCCAAAAAGAGGACAAAAAGAAGACUUCUGUUCCAUCUGGAAAUGAAAAGCAGAAUUGUCCGUCAAGAAGUGCAGUUAAUAUCCCUUCAGAUGGACAUGAAAAGCAGAAUUUUCCAUCAGGAAGAGCAGUUAAAAGCCCUUCAGAUGCUCCUGUCACUGUAAAAGAGACAAAAGAUGACAGGUCAGAAUAUCAAAUCCAAAAAGAGGACAAAAAGAAGACUUCUGUUCCAUCUGGAAAUGAAAAGCAGAAUUGUCCGUCAGGAAGAGCAGUUAAAAGCCCUUCAGAUGCUCCUGUCACUGUAAAAGAGACAAAAGAUGAAAGGACAGAAUAUCAAAUCCAAAAAGAGGACAAAAAGAAGACUUCUGUUCCAUCUGGAAAUGAAAAGCAGAAUUGUCCGUCAGGGAGUGCAGUUAAUAGCCCUUCAGAUGGAAAUGAAAAGCAGAAUUGUCCGUCGGUUUCAGGAAGCGCAGUUAAUAGCCCUUCAGAUGCUGCUGGCACUGUAAAAGAGACUAAUGAUGAAAGGACAGUAUAUCAAAUCCCAAAAGAGGACACAAAGAAGACUUCUGUUCCAUCUGGGUUCAUGCUUUUGGGAGGAUAUGAGAACAAACGAGUCAAUAAGGUGGAAAGAGUCUUGCCUCAGUGGCUUGCUAAACCUGACGUUUUUCACAGAGACAUUAAAAGCAAAUUGCUGCCUAUCUCUGACAUCGGAGGAUUGUCUGCGCCGCUGCUAAACAGCCUACAGAAAAAUGGAAUUGAGCAUUUCUUUCCAGUACAAGCAGAGGUUAUCCCAGCCAUCUUGGAGAGUGCACAUCAUGGGCCGCUGAUUGGACGAGCCGGCUUCAAGCCAAGAGAUUUUUGUGUUUCUGCUCCAACAGGCAGUGGCAAAACGCUAGCUUACGUCAUCCCUAUUGUACAAGUGCUGAUGGAGAGGGUGGUGUGUGAAAUACGUGUCUUGGCUGUGCUACCUACGAAAGAGUUGGCUGAACAGGUUUGCAACGUUUUUUCGACAUAUGUUCUGGAAACCUCACUGAGCGUGGUCAUGCUGGCAGGUCUGAAGUCCUUUGCAGCCGAGCAGAAUUUACUUUCUAAACUGAGAUGUGGCCAGCGAAGGAGUUUGGCUGACAUUGUUGUGGCCACUCCCGGUCGACUUGUUGAGCAUAUCAACCACAACUCAGACUUCUGCCUGGAUCACCUUAGAUUUCUUAUAAUUGAUGAAGCAGACAGGAUGAUUGACAGCAUGGAUAAUUUUUGGCUCAGUGAGGUAAUGAAGGCAGUGUACAGGAAGACAAGAGGACCAGAGAAAAUGUCCAUCUUUACGAGAAGAGAACUCUCAUAUGUCACAGCUGCUUGUUUGUCUCCUCCUCAAAUGCCACUUCAGAAGCUGCUGUUCUCUGCAACACUCACCAAAAACCCAGAGAAACUGCAACAGCUGGGCCUUAACCAGCCCAGGCUUUUCAGUUCUGCAAGUUACAGCAACAAUGCUCAGCCAGUUGUUGGCGGCCAUAAACACGAGCCCUUUGAUUUCCCCCCAGGACUGUCGGAGUUUUAUGUGCCUUGUACGCUGAGCAAAAAGCCUCUCAUCAUGCUCCAUUUCAUCCUGAGACUGAAGCUCAGCCCCAUUCUUUGUUUUGCCAAUUCCAGAGAGACUGCUCACAGACUUUACCUGCUCAUCAAGCUCUUUGGUGGCGUUCAAGUGGCAGAGUUUUCCUCCCGGCUGCCUCCCCACAAGAGAAAGGCCACACUGAAGGCAUUUGAAGAGAAAAAGAUCCACCUGUUGAUCAGCACAGAUGUAGCUGCCAGAGGUAUUGACAUCACAGGGGUCAAAUGUGUUGUCAACUAUGAUGCUCCGCAGUUCAUCAGGUCGUACAUUCACAGAAUUGGAAGAACUGCAAGAGCUGGAAAAUCUGGCCUGGCCUUCACCUUCCUGCUUGGAAUACAGGAAAAUGACUUUCUUCACAUGGUGGCAGAAGCAGGAAGCCCAGGCAUCCAAAAGCAGACCAUUAGACCUUCAAACCUGUGGAGUAUGGAAGGCCAAUAUGAACAAGCAUUACAGAAGCUCGCUUCUGUAAUUAAGGAGGAAAAAUAUUAUCAAAGAUGAUGCCGAUAUUUUCAUGAGGUGACAAGGAUAUCAGCAAUAAAUUGUCAUCACUGCCAUACAACUAUGUUGAAUAAAAUUAUUUUAAUUUUUA